AUGGCCAACUCAGAGCCCGUCCACUUCUUCGACAUCGUCUCCACACUUCCAGGAGCCCGGAAGUCCUGGUCCCCCAAUACCAUCAAGGUCCGCGCGGUCCUGAACUUCAAGGGUAUUCCCUACACCCAAAGCUGGAUCUCGUAUCCCGAUAUUGCCCCGUUAACCAAGGGCCUCGAGCUCGGUCCCAAUGAGUCCGGCAUUCCCUACACCUUGCCCGCCAUCAUCCAUAAGUCGUCGGUGACGUCAAACCCCCAUGGUGCAAUGAUGGACUCUCUGCCGAUUGUCUUGCACCUGGACAAGGCGUUCCCUUCAUCACCGCUCUUCCCUAGUGGUGACGCCAGCUACGCACUGCUAAUGGCCGUGAGCAAGAUCGCGGGCGCACUGAGUCCGGCAAUCCGCUCUCUGAUUGUUCCAAGAGUGGCAGACUAUAUGGAUCCGCGGGGCCAGGAGUAUUUCAUUGAGACUCGGUCGCAGUUCUUUGGAAAGCCAUUGGCAGAGGUGCGACCGACCGAUCAGGAGACCAUCGAUGAGUUGUGGAAGGAGGUAGAGACCGAGGCAGCGGCACUCGUCAAUGUACUGAAGGGUCGCGAGGGCAAGAAAGGACCUUUCUUUGAGGGUGAGACUCCGGGAUAUGUAGAUCUGUACCUGUCCGCUAUUUUUGCCUUCUUCGAGCGCAUUGACCGAGAGUCCUUUGAUCGGCUGAUGGCGAUUGGUGACGGUGAAUUCAAAGCUCUGUGGGAUGCUUGUGAGCCCUGGAUCGACGGUCAGGGUGAGGAGAAGGAAUGGACAGUUUCUCAGACUGCUGCUUAG